AUGUAUGUUUAUUAGAAAAUCGCGUUGUCUUAUUCAAGAACAUUUAUAAUAAAACAUUUAAAAACAAUUGAAACAGUUGCUUUUUUAUGCUUUUUUUAAGAUGAUAUGAAUAUUUUUGAGAAAUCCUGUGAUUUAAUCCAUACUGUUAUACUUACUUUAUGCUAUGUGUACCCUAUAGAUAUUUCUUAUUUGAAUAAAAGUGAGGUUUUAGAAGGAAAUUAGAAAUUUUAAUAUUUAUCUUUAUUAAAAAAAACUAAUUUAAAAAAACUAUAGCUAGAAUGGUAUGAACCAGGAGAUAUUGAAAAGAAGGUUAUACUUGAAUGGAUAUAAAAAACUUUAUGUGUUGUUUUAUAAUAUUUUGAAGAAAAUUAUUUCUCAAAACCUGAGAAAUUCAAACUUUAUAAUUAUGAAAAAGAUUAUAGAGAAAUUAUAGAUUAAAUGCUAUUUGAUAAUUCUACUCAAGAAAAUAUAAUAUAAACAUCGAAAUUAUAAAAAGAUUUUUAUAAAUUACUUUAUGUGGCUUUAGCUUCAUUUUCAGGUUCUAAUGUAAGAAUUCCUUUUAUUUUAGAUACACCGUUAAAAAUGGAUAGUGAAAGAUAAUAAAAAUAUAUUGAAAUAUAUAAAGAUUUCCAAGAAAAAUUCAUGUUUAAAGAACUUUUAAAUACACGAAACGAUUUAAUGAAUUUUUGUUUAAAAUUACCUUCUUUAUUUCAUUCUACUAAAACAAUAUAAGAUGUUUAACUUAUUGAAAUGUAUUAAUAUUUAACAAGAGAAUGUUUUGGUGAAUCAUAUUUAAUUGAAGAAAUAAAAAGAUCAAAUGAAAUGUUAGAUGGAUUAUUAUCAUUAAAUGAUUAUCAUAAAACUAAUAUAUAUUCUAAUAGGUAUUAUAUAAAUUAACUAUAAUUUAUUUUUGUAAAUUAUUUAUUAGAUUUACACUUUUAAUAGAAGGAAUUACAUAUUUAAGUGAAAGGAUUGAUAUGUAUUUUUUCCUUAAUCCUUUUUUAGGAUAAUAAAAAAUGUAACUUUUUAACUGCUUUUUUAUUUUUUCUUUUCAUCCUUUAUUUUUGUUCAAAAUGUCGAUAAGAUUCGAUCAUGAUCUUAAUUUUGAAAAUCCUGAAUAAAAUUUAUACGAAUAAAUUCAUUAGAAAGCUUUCGAAAUUUAAAAUUAUUAUAUUUUUGAAAAAGAUAUUUUAAAAUAACCUCCUACUGCUAUUAUUGAAAGAGUUUAAGAAUUGUUAAUUUGUAAUUUAAGAAUAGAAUAAUUAUAAAGAUUUCCAUGUUGUGCUAGUAAUCCUUAAACAUAUACCUAUAUAUUUAAUACAUUAUAAAUAUAUGAAAAAAUCGACAAAAAAGCUUGGUAAAUAAAAAUCGUUGAAUAAAUAAUGAGAGCAUUAAAUAUUCAAUAUGAAGAUAGUUAUUUAUUUGUGCAUUUAAGGCAAAGUAAUUAAGAAAUAUGUAAAAUUUUACCUGUCAAAUAUAAUGAAGAGUUAUAUUUAAAAUUAAGAAAGGAAAUUCCUAUAUAAAGAGAUAGCAUCUGUAAAGAAAAAGCAUUUGAAAUAAAAGAAGAAUUUUUAAAUAUUAUUUAAAGAAUUAAUUAAAAAUUAGAAGAUGAAAAUAUACACUGGAAAACAAAAGUUUUAUGCUGUUUGUUUGCCUGCUAUUUUAUGAAUGUAAUAUAAGAUUUAAACUGUAUAGAAAUUCAAAAAUUCACUUCUA